CGAGCGUGCGCCCAGCCCGCGCCCGCGCCGCUCGCAUGCCAGUCACGUCCGCCCCCUCGGCGGCCGCCCGAGAGCCGGCCCCGCCGAGCCGGGAGAACAGACGUCAAACUGCCUUAUGAAUAUUGAUGCGGAGGCGAGGCUGCUUUCGUAGAGGAGCAGAAGGAAGCAAGAUGGCUGCCCUGUAGGAUUUGUUAAAAAGGAGACCCGGCUGCGACGGCGGCGGACUGCCAGGCUGAGGGACCAGAACCAGGCUGGUAAACCAUUCAGCAGCUUACCCUCACAAGACUCUCCAUGUCCCUUGGUCCUGUUCCACGACAGUGCUUGGAAGCAGGAGAUGGGCUCACACAAGGUCAACAGGACAUGAUCAAGGUGGAGCAGUGAGGGACAGUGCCGCCGGAUUUAUUCAAAGGGCAGCCUCAUGGAUGGCCCCGAAGCAAGCCUGAUGGAACAGGACAGAACCACCCAUGCUGAGGGCAACAGACUGAGUCCAUUCCUGACACCAUCACCUUCUCCCAUCUGCCAGACAGAACCUUUGGCUGUAAAACUCCAGAAUGGAAGCCCGUUAGUUGAGAGACCUCAUCAAGAAUUGAACAGGGACACUGAGGGGCAGUCUUUCCAAAGUUAUGGAAUACCCCACACGAAAGGUAGCCAGAGCAGUCAUGAGAGUCCAGAUUUCGUACCUGAAGGGUAUUCCAGGUGCUUGCAGAAUGGAGGAAUAAAAUGCACUGUCAGUGAACCGUCUCUCUCUGGGCUCCAUCUGAAGAAGAAAUUGAGACUAGACCAAAAUGCUAAGGGAGAAAGUAAUAGCUUCGGGGAAAGCCAAGAAAGAAACCCAGGUAAAAGUAGCAGUCAGCCAAAUGUCUCUGAGAGUGACAGAGAACCUGUGACCUCUACAGCCCAGGAAAGAGCAGUUACAGAUGUCAAUGGUUUCCCAGCACAGAACUGCAAUGGAGUAGAAAACACAGAGUUUAGGGUUCACAAGGAGCAAGAAGGGGAAAAUGGCAGGAACAUUACAUUACUUAAAAACAAUGCUGUGCUAAUGUCUAAUGGUGCUACAGUUUCUGCUCUUUCUGUGGAAAACACACGUGGUGAAAUCCUGGAAAAAACACCAUCUCAGUGUUAUCCAGAAUGUGUUUCCAGUGCAGCGCAGAACACCACACCUCACGUGGAUGCCCUUAACAGUUGGGCUAUUAAUGAGUUGUCUUGUGAGAUCACUCAACCAUUGCAUACCUCAGAGCAGAUCAGUUCCUCACAGACCUCAAGUUCCCAGCUGCCUCCAGAGCCGGCUGCAAUGGUGGCUGAGGCCCGUGAUGCUGAUAUUGUCAGUAAAGCAACUGGAGGGCUAGGUACCUGCCCCUUCCAGAAACCACCAGAACACCAACAAAAAUCAGUUUUGGAGAUAUGCCCAUCUCCUGCAGAAAACAAAAACAUCCAAGGAAACACGAAGCUAUUUGCUAAAGAAUUCUGUUCUAGUUCCAGCAGUGACCCGGAAGCUUCCCAUGGCAGCUCUGAACAGUAUUCAACGCAAAAGGAAAUCAAUGGUGCUUACUUCAGGCGAAGCUCAGAGUUGACUAAAGAGUCCAUUUCCGCCACCGCCAUGACCCCGGCAUCACAGUUGCGUCUUGCUCCCCCUCCUGCCCUUCAGCUUUCUUCAGAAGGAAGAGGCACUCAGAAUGAUGGGGCUCACUAUCCCAACCAAAGUACCCCGGCUCUUUUAAGGGAAGGGAAAACAGAACAUCAACCUAAGGCAUCAUCUUGCCAGAGUUCGAAUCCAUCUGCACAUACAUCCAAUUCCCCCCACAUGCUUCCCGAAGGGCAUCGAAAUGAUUAUGUCCCAGUGUGCACAGAAAAAGCAAAAACAACGUCAGAAUAUCUCAAGUAUUGCCCACCAAAUCAUGGCCGCAGGAGAGAUUUACAAGAACACAACCAGCAUCUGAUGAAACACAGGGAGCAAGAGAUUCUGAAGAGUGAAAACGGGGAACAAACACAAGAGGCUAUGCUGGCAGCGCAGCGCUAUCUCAAACCGGGAUGGAUUGAACUGAAGGCCCCUAAUUUUCAAGAAGCACACCACCAGACCAAAGGAUGCAAGGACGCAUUGCCGCACCCAGCCCUUCGCUAUCAGGCCAGCCCUUCCAGCCCGAUGACCUACCAACAGUGCACUGGAAAUUUAAACAUGCCAGGAGGAUUCCAAAGGUUACCUUACAUCCAGAAAACAGCUCAGCCAGGGCAGAAGCCACAAAUCUACCAAGUGGAGAUGAAUCAAGGACCCUCUCCAGGUAUGGGGGACCAACAUCGACAGUUCCAAAAAACCUUGUACCAGGAGUGCAUCUCUAAGACAGACCCCUUACCUGAAACUCACAUCCAGGCACCCAGUGCUUCUCGGUUUCAUUUCCAGCAAAGAGUGGAUCCCUCCACUGAUAAACACCAGGCCAUGGAAACUGAACCAUUUCCAAGCUUUUUACAACACAUGCCUCAUAAGCAAGCAGCACAAACACAAGCAUCCCAGAAUUCAAAUUUCCCUCAAAACUGCCAGCAGCAGCAGCAAUUACAGAAGAAGAAUAAAGAGCAAAGGCCACAUACUUUUUCUCAUCUCCAAAGUAGCAAUGAUAAGCAAAGAGAAGGACCAUGCUUUGGCCUGAUUAAAGUGGAAGAAAGCUUUAGUGGUGGAAACCAGUAUUCAAAAUCAAGUAAUUUCCAAAGUCAGAAGACCCAAGGGGGAAUGGAGCAAGUACAGAAUGUAAGUAGUAGAAAUUCUCCUUAUUCGAAGACCUUACCAUCAAAUGCAGGCAGGCCACAGAUUGCCUGUUCAAAUGAUAUAUACCCAGCUCCCAAGAAUCAAGAACAAACUCUACAUCCUGAACUCUUUGCAGGAAAUAAUAACCCAAACAUGCAAUAUGUUCCAAAUAAUGUGACCCCAAGUGAGGACAUUCAUCACAGGUGCUUUUCAAGAGCAGAACAAGAGCAGAAGCCUCAACAAGCUCUAGCUCUGCAGGGAUUUAAAGGCAGAAGCCAGGAUGCGUCCUCUGGCCCGCAGGCCGCACCUCUAGGCGAAGCUGCUCAGCAGAGGUACCCGGGGCAUAACCAAGCAAAGGCACUCCCUAUGCCUGAGCAAGGAGGGAGUCCCAUGCAGACCCCACCUCAGAAGGAGACUCAGAAGCAUGCCGCCCUAAGGUCGCUCCUCUUACAGAAGCAAGAACAGCAAGCACAACAAUCCCAGGCUGAAUCUGGUCAGAAUCAGAUUCAUAGGCCAAUCAAGACCGAGCCUGGAGCCAAACCCUCCUCCUGUAAACGCCCCCUGUUUCUUGCGGCGUCACAAGAAAAAAUGUUUAAAAGGAUAAAGCAAGAGAUGACGCCACUGAGCUGUGAUGGGCAGCCAAAGAGCAUCAUCGAGACCAUGGAGCAGCACGUAAAGCAGUUCCAGCCCAAGUUGCUCUUUGACCAUAAGUCCCUGAACCUCCUCAAGUCACAGAGACAAGUAAAAGUGGAGACACUGGGCCCAGGCACAGCUUUGUCUACAGACAACCACCCUGCAGGAUCAGAGAACCCCACCCCCACAGCAGAGCCACAAGCGGCUCUUCCAGAAAAGACUCCAACCAAAAGAACAACUGGAUCUACUCUUGGUUUUUUAGAAUCACCUUCCAAAUUGCUAGAUGCUCCUAUAAGAAAUUUAUUGGACGCUCCUGCCAAGACUCAGUAUGAUUUCCCGUCAUGCAGAUGUGUAGAACAAAUUAUUGAAAAAGAUGAAGGUCCUUUUUAUACCCAACUAGGAGCUGGUCCUAAUGUGGCAGCUAUUAGAACAAUCAUGGAAGAAAGGUUUGGACAGAAGGGUAAAGCUAUUAGGAUUGAAAGAGUCAUCUAUACUGGUAAAGAAGGCAAAAGUUCUCAGGGAUGUCCUAUUGCUAAAUGGGUGAUUCGAAGAGAGAGCACUGAGGAGAAACUACUGUGUUUGGUACGAGAGCGAGCUGGCCACAGCUGUGAGACCGCAGUGAUUGUGAUUCUCAUCAUGCUGUGGGAAGGGAUCCCGCAGGCUCUGGCUUCCCAACUCUACUCAGACCUUAAAGACACUCUGAGCAAGCAUGGCGCACACACCAACCGCCGCUGUGCCCACAAUGAAGAGAGAACCUGUGCUUGUCAGGGCUUGGAUCCACACACCUCUGGUGCCUCAUUUUCUUUUGGUUGUUCUUGGAGCAUGUAUUAUAAUGGAUGUAAGUUUGCCAGAAGCAAGAACCCAAGGAAAUUUAAGCUACUUGGAGAUGACCCAAAAGAGGAAGAGAAACUAGAAUCUCAUUUGCAAAACCUGGCUACUCUUAUUGCUCCAAUAUACAAGAAGCUUGCACCGGAUGCAUACAAUAAUCAGGUUGAAUAUGAACACCGCGCUCUGGACUGCCGUUUGGGUCUGAAGGAAGGCCGACCAUUCUCAGGGGUCACUGCAUGUAUGGACUUCUGUGCUCAUGCCCACAGAGACCAGCACAACAUGCAGAAUGGCAGCACAGUGGUGUGCACCCUCACUCGAGAAGACAAUCGGGAGAUUGGAGGACAGCCUAAGGACGAGCAGCUUCACGUGUUGCCUCUGUACAAAAUCUCUCCUGUGGAUGAGUUUGGCAGUACAGAAGGUCAGGAGGAGAAGAUACGGAAGGGCUCCAUUCAAGUUCUUAACUCUUUCCGGAGGAGAGUUAGAAUGUUGCCUGAGCCAGCCAAGAGUUGCCGACAAAGGAAACUGGAGGCCAAAAAAGCUGCAGCUGAAAAGCUUUCUUCCCUGGAGAAUAAGAACGACAAGGAAAAGUCUUCCUCACGCACCAAACAGAUGGAAAACGCAAGCCAUGUAAAACAAACAGAGCAAUCGAGGCUCUCAGGAUCUGUCAUACAGCAGCCACAGCCACUGCAGAGGCACCUCCAGCAGGUGCAGAGGCCACAGCAGACACAGCUACAGCAUGUCUUGCCCAGCACUGCUCAGUGUCAGUCCAUUGGCUCUUACUCUUCGGGAUCCACCAAUCCAUACACGAGGCCCAGUCCACUUAGUCCUUACCCAAGCUCUUCACACACUUCAGGUGUUUACGGAGACACCAACCACGUGAACUUUUAUCCCACUUCAUCUCAAGCUGCAGGUUCAUAUUUGAGUCCUUCUAAUGCCAUGAAUGCCUACCCUGGGCUUUUCAAUCAGAACAACCAGUAUGCAGCUUAUCAGUGCAAUGGGAAUGUGUCGGUGGACAGCUGCUCCCCUUUCUUAGGUUCUUACUCUGCGCAGUCCCAGCCCAGGGAUCUGUAUAGAUGUCCAAACCAGGAGCAUCUCAGUAACCUGAACCUCCCACCCAUCCACACACUUUACCAACAGAGGUUUGGAGACAGCACCUCUAAGUAUGUAAGUUACAGUAGCCAAAAUGUGCAGAGAGAUUCCUUCAGCAACUGUACCAUAAACCCAAACGCGCACCACCCAGCAGCGUUUCCUCCUUAUCCCACCACCCCCGAGGUGGAUGGCCAUUUCGUGGGAGCCGCCUCCAGAUUACCGUAUGGUCUGGGCAACCCCAACCUAGACUGUGAGAGCAGCGAGCACCAGCCAACCUUUCACAGGACACACAGCUAUGCCGCAGCAGCCCCAGGCACGGCGAGCAGCUCCAACCACAGCACCUUCCACAACAAGGAGAACGACAGCACGGCCUCCCAUGCCGAUAAUGAGCUAUCAAGGGUGCUUCCUGAGCCUAAUCACGACAGAAACGAUUCUGCCCAGGGUCCUUUACACAACCCGACCGGGGUGGUGGGACAAGGCGAGGCUUCUGCUGUGAAGGAAGAAGAAGAGGAGGUCUGGUCAGACAGUGAGCACAGCUUUCUGGACUGUAACAUCGGCGGGGUGGCUGUGGUUCCUACUCACGGCUCAAUCCUCAUUGAGUGUGCAAAGCGCGAGCUUCAUGCCACAACCCGAAUAAAUAUUCCCAACCGGGGUAAUCCGGUCAGGAUCUCACUUGUAUUUUACCAGCAUAAGAACUUGAAUGAGCCAAAACAUGGCUUGGCUCUCUGGGAAGCCAAAGUGGCUGGGAGGGCCCGGGAGAAAGAGGAAGAGUGUGGACCAGAUCAUGAGCCUCAGAAAAGCCACAGCAAAAGAGUAAAACGCGAACCCACAGAGCAGCAGGAACCGCCUGCGCCCAAUUACCUGCGAUUCAUCCAGUCUCUUGCUGAGAACACAGGGUCUGUGACCACAGACUCCACGGUGACUACAUCUCCAUAUGCCUUCACUCAGGUCACAGGGCCUUACAACAGAUACGUAUGAUGCCGUUUGCUAUGCCAGACCAUCAAGAACAACCUGUCAGAGCAUAGCUUUCAUGGCGUGGGCAGCCGAGACAGGUUUCAGCAACCACAAUAAAUGAAAUGUGUGUGUGCUUGGGGCGGGAGGGGAUGUCAGCUCACCAGCAAAAUAAUUUUUACCAUUGUACUUAAUCUCUACCGACUUCCCAGAUGCUCACUGGUAGCAUCCAGGAAAAAAAAGACCAAAGCAUCCUAUGCAAAGGGAAGGCAGGAAGAAAGUGCUGUACAAUUUGUUUUCAAAACCACUGGCUCUCUCGUUGGCUGAGGUUAUGUGUGGGAGAUGUCCCCCACCACCCCGCACGUGACCACCUCUAACAACACCAGGUCUGCGUGGUCACAGCGCAGUUCUGCAGUCAUGCAGUUGCAGGAAUCCGGUGCUGACAUGUGACAUACUGAAAUACUGGAAUUGUGGCUUUUUAACAUGCAGUUUUUACUGUAAUCUUAACUUAUUUAUCAAAGUAGCUACAGAAAGCUUAAGUGAAUAAUGGCAAAACACUGAAUUGUUUUGGGUGUUACAUUAAAUGGUGCUACAAAAAUGGUGUCUUUAGAAAAUCAAUGCCUUUUUCAUGCUACCAGAAUAGUGCCCUUGAGUAACGGCACACCUUUCAUUCACAUGUUCCAUGUUCUUAUUCAGCUUAGUUUUUCAAUGUGGACACUUUAGGCCUCUGGAUUGUGCUCAUCUGGUGAUGUCCUUGUAGGACUAUAAACAUACUGUGUACAUACACACGCCUUUAUACAUGCAAAUACAUGUAUACUGAAAUUUUAAGUGGUGUUAGAAGCACUUUGCCUACCUAAGUAAGCUUUGGCAACUUGAACAAUGCUGAGGUACUGAGACUUAAAAAAAAAGUUUACUUUCAUUUAGAAUUUUAUUUUUAAGGAAAGCUUUUAAAACAUUUGAGCGAUGUCAUUGUUGACGGCCUGUGUUAGUCCACAAAUCAUGUUUUCUGGUGCUCAUCUUACAUGAUAUACUAUAAAGAAAAAAAACGGUAUGACAAGCUCAUUGCUCCUUUGUCUACAGCUUAAACUGCAGAUAAUAACUAGCGGCAUGCUACAGAUUCAGCAAAGCUUGUCUGAGUACACCCUUGCUGUCCUUCAGGACAGCAGGCUACCUUUGUGUUAAUCACGCGCUUUUGUGAUGCCAUUUCUAAGCUUAAGUGUUCUUCUUACAGGAAGAUGGUGGACUGAUGCCCAUAUAAGAUGAGUAGUAGGCAGGGUGAAGUCCGCGUGAAUCUGUUGGUUACAAGACAAAACAAAACGAAACAAAAACCUAAGCAAAAUAGGCAGCUGGUUUGCUGUGGUGAUUUAAAAUCCUUAAUUUGUAUAAAAAGGUGAAAGAGUUGUAUAGUAAAUUAAAUUGUAAAACAAAACUUUUUUAAUGCAAUGCUUUAGUAUUUUAGUACUGUAAAAAUAUAUACAUGUGUGUAUAUAUAUAAUAUAUAUGAGAUUGAAGUAAAACUCACAUCACGAUGGUGCUACUCAGACUGCUACACAUGAAUCCUAAUGUGAGCGAAGAUUUCAUUAAGUUUGAGUGAUGUUCCUACUUGUCAUAUACCUCAACACUAGUUUGGCAAUGGGAUAUUAAACUAGAGUGAAAGCUUAUAGCAUUGUAUACCACCAUUUUUAAAUUUUUUUUAUUAAAGCAUACCUUUUUUUAAUACUUGAUUUCUUAGCAAGUAUAACUUGAAUUUCAAACUUGUUGUAAAAAAAUUCAGGGAUAUUUCAGCUCGUUCUUAUGCCAACAUGUCAGCUGUGUUUAUGUAAAGUUGUCAGUUAAUAUAUUCUUUUUCGGGGAUUGAACUCUAUUUUGAAUCCCACCUAUUUUGCUUGUACAUGUGCUGAUAACAAACUAAUUUUAUAAAUUUGUUGACUAAAAUAAAAGUUUGGAGAGUUUUUCAACAAAGUUUUAAAUAGAAUGCACUGAGCUGAUAAAGGGAAAAUUGUAAACUAAGAGAUCAUCACAUGGCUGUUGGCCAAGUCCUCAAAGGUUUUUGAUCCAGUAAUGACUACAGGUUCAUGCCCCACAAUACAGGUUCAUGCCCCACAGGUGUCUCUCGGCAAUCCUAGAAUCUGGCUGUGAGCUGUGCAGUAGGACUCCAGUGUUGCUUACCAGCUUCUCAAAUAGCUUGGAUCAGUGGAGACCUUUACUGGUCAUAUUGUCACUAAAGCUUUCAGAAUCUCUACUUUGCACCCUGAACCACAAGUUUAAUGGUUUUUCACACCAUGAUGUUGAGUCUACAUCAGUUUCCAGCAGGUGUGUGUGACAAGUUUGAGCCGGCCAUCUCUAAGGAAUGUUUGCUUUACAUGUCACCCACUGUAAUUUGUCAAACUGCUGGCCAACAGGAGCAGGGAGUGUGGUUUGAGGAUGGAUCAUGUAGGAAGAAAGGCAAUUAAAUGACAUCCAACCUCUGUCAAUUAGAUCAAAUGAAAAGCAAAUCUGAUUUGCUUCUAUAGGAACAGGUCGACUACAUAGCCAUACUUGAAAGUGCUUCUGCGUGGUGUCAACAUUACUUGAAUGAAUUUUUCAUCUUGACGCACAGUGAUGUAUAGCUCCCUUUACAAGGUAGUGGUUAACUUGUUAGGAAAAGUUUUUGCAGUUUGACACUAAGAUAAUGAACUGUGUGCAUUUUUCUAUGCUUUAUUUUUUUAACUUAGUUUCAUUCAUGAGAUGUUGGGUUUGUUUAUAAAAUCUGAGGGUGGUUAUAAAUACUGUAAGUAUUGUAAUGUUAUGAAUGCAGUUUAUUUGAAAGCUGUUUAUUAUAUCAUUCCCGAUAAUGCUAUGUGAGUUUUAAUAAAAUUUAUAUUUAUUUAAUGCA